AUGUUUGGUUAUUUCCAAAUUUCAACCAGAACCAAACUUACCUUCUUUACCACAACAUCUCCCCUCACCAGGCUGCUCGCUCACAGCUCGCUCCCAUCCUCGUUAUCAGGAGUCGUUGUUAUCAUCCAUGCUCCGUUACCCACUGGCUUGUACCCCCAUGUGAUCUCCCUCUUGUUAUUUCUUUGGUUGUCCCUGUUCCCUACCCGUGCGCCUGUGUACGGUCGUUACCAUUUGUCACUGUUCUGGGCUUUUGUUCCCGCCCAUUGCCCCUUUGUAUCUCCUCCCCGACGUAUACCCGCUCACUAA